AUGAAUAUAGCAGAGAUGGACCUAUUCAAGCAAAAAUUAGGCUUUAGAAAAGCAGAGGACUCUCCAGUCCUUGGGGUUUCGGGUGGAUUAGCAAUCAUUUGGGAUCCUAGAAACGCCUUAUUUACUCCUAUUGAGAAGAGGCAGAAUUGGAUGUGUGGGAGGGUAAACUGUUAUAAUAACAAAUUAAAAUUUAACCUCAUCAAUGUGUAUGGACCCACUCAGAACAGGGACAAAGCCCUUGUAUGGUUAGAAAUUGAAACAUUCUUUAAAAACAAUCCGAAUGAGGUAAGCAUUAUUGGAGGAGACUUUAAUGCCAUUUUAAAAGUUUCAGAUAAGAGAGGAGGAAGCAACAAGUUAUCAGUAGUAGCCAUAGAAUUUGCAGAUUGGAUCAAUAGAAACUCCCUUAUGGAGAUCCAGACAACGGAUAACACCUUCACAUGGAAUAAUAGGAGGAAGGGUUUCAACAACAUAGCAGAGAAACUGGAUAGAUUCUUCAUCUUUGGGGGAUUAUCAAAUUUUAAUAACACUAUGGAAGCAGAGAUCCUACCUAUAUCUGGGUCGGAUCAUUAUCCGAUCCAACUAGAAAUAUUGGUAGAGCAAGGCCCAAAGAACUGUCCGUUCAAAUUUGAGCAAAUGUGGUAUAAGGAUGAGAACAUAUUGCUUUUGGAGAAGUGUUGGAAAGAGGAGGUUGUCUCAGGGUCAAAAAUGUUUAUUGUGGCAAACAAACUGAAAAUCAUUAAGAGGAAGCUCUUGGAAUGGAAUGUUGAACAUUUUGGCAACAUAUUUGAAAGGAAACAAUUAGUGGAAACAAAACUAAAGGCUGUCAAUACUGAAGUCCUAAAGAGUGGAAUGGAUGAGAUUCUUUUCCUAAGGGAAAAAACACUUCUCAAGGAUUAUGAAGACAUCUUAGCAAAGGAAGAAAUCUAUUGGAGACAAAAAUCUAGAGAAUCAUGGCUGAAGGAUGGAGACCGAAACACUAAGUUUUUUCAUAACAACACUAAGCUCAAGAGAUGUGUAAAUAGGAUUUCUAGCAUUAGGAAUUCUUAG